CGUGUGCUGGCACUUCCGGGCGGCAGCACGUGGUGGCGUAAGCGGCCCUAUCAGCGGCCUCAGCUGUGGUAGUUGGAGGCUCGGUGGGAAUCCUCGUAGUCCUGCGGCAUGGCGUCUCGGUACGACAGAGCUAUCACUGUCUUCUCCCCAGACGGACACCUUUUUCAGGUGGAAUAUGCACAGGAGGCGGUGAAAAAAGGAUCCACUGCGGUUGGAAUUCGAGGUACCAAUAUAGUUGUGCUUGGAGUAGAAAAAAAAUCUGUUGCGAAGCUUCAAGAUGAAAGAACUGUAAGGAAGAUUUGUGCCCUUGAUGACCACGUCUGCAUGGCUUUUGCAGGACUGACUGCUGAUGCCAGAGUAGUAAUAAACAGAGCCCGAGUGGAGUGUCAGAGCCAUAAGCUUACAGUGGAGGACCCGGUUACUGUAGAAUAUAUAACUCGCUUCAUAGCAACUUUAAAGCAGAAAUAUACCCAGAGCAAUGGACGAAGACCUUUUGGUAUUUCUGCCUUAAUUGUAGGUUUUGAUGAUGAUGGUAUCCCAAGAUUAUAUCAGACAGAUCCUUCUGGUACUUAUCAUGCUUGGAAGGCAAAUGCAAUAGGCCGAAGUGCUAAAACUGUUCGAGAAUUUCUGGAAAAGAAUUACACAGAAGAUGCGAUAGCAGAUGACGAUGAAGCUAUCAAAUUAGCAAUAAGAGCUUUGCUAGAAGUUGUCCAGUCUGGUGGAAAAAACAUUGAACUUGCUAUAAUAAGAAGAAAUCAACCUUUGAAGAUGUUCAGCGCUAAAGAAAUUGAAUUACAAGUAACUAAAAUAGAAAAGGAAAAGGAAGAAGCAGAGAAGAAAAAAUCAAAGAAGUCUAUCUAAUUCUUAAGAUGACCACUGGGAGUUUUAGUGUUUUGUUGUACUGCUUGGAAUUGUUUAGUGAAGUUUUGGAGGAAGUAAGUUACUUUGCAGCAUUACAUUUAUUAGUUGUGCGCUGUUUUGAGAAUGUCAGAUUUGCAUCUGUCUUCAUUCUGUUACAUAGUCAAACAUGGGUUAGUGUGCAGAUUUUCUUUGAAAGGAGAUUUCAGUAAUUGUUGAAAGCAGUCAUAAUUCCACAUAAGCCUGAGACUAUAUAACUUGACCAAUGUGUUACUUUUCUUCAUAUAUGCACAUUUAAUUAAGAAAAAAAUUUUAAUUUUAAAAAAUUAAUAAUUUGGUGGCUUGAGUAUUGACUGUCAAAGAGAUAACUAUUCCAAAAUAAACCAAAUAUAAUAUUGAGCUGCA